GCAGUAGCUACUCACAUAAUCUUUCAACACGAUUUAUAAUAUUCUGAGUAAUUCAUUUAAUACACGUUUACUUUUCAUUCAAAACGCCUCUCCGAGAUCAAUUGGUGAUUUGAUUCUUAUUGAAACAAAGUUUCUUCAAAGUAAAGUUUAUAGUAUCAAAAUUAUUGAGCCAACCUCAAGUUUGGUUGUUUGUAUUGCUUAUUCAUUCGAAGCCACAUAAAACAGUGAAAGCACUGAUUGAAUCAAGCAUGGAUAUUUUAUGGAGAAAAGAAACCGUUAAAAAUCAGACCAGACACAUUGAUCUGUUCGCACCUUUGGAAGAAGAUGAUAAAUGGAAUGAUGAAGCAAUGAGAGAAUUGAGAACGCUAACAUUUCGUAAGGAUAAUAGAAAAUCAUCGGAAAGUCGGGAGCUGGGAAAUGAAACUUUUGCAGUGAAAAAUUGGUCAGGUGCAAUGGAAUAUUACAAUCAAAGUUUGCGCUUCGCAGAGAUCGGAACCGAGAAUGUGGCCUUAGCCUAUUCCAACCGAUCGGCAUGUUUUUUCAAACUAAACAUGUUUGAUGAAGCAUUGGGAGACAUUGAACUGGCCAAAAAAGAAAAAUUGCCUGAACGCCUUUUGCCAAAGCUUGAACAACGUAAGCAAAAAUGUUUGGAUUUAUUGGAAGCGGUACGACGUGAGCCCGAAUAUCCACCAGAGCUAGACUAUGAACCAAAUAAAAAUUUCCCUUGUUUGGCUAACAAAGUCGAUAUAAAACAUAACCCAGAUUUUGGUCGACAUUUGAUCGCUAAUAGUGACAUUCCAAAGGGCAAAACGAUUUUGUUGGAAAAAGCGUUUGCAGUCAGUCAUAUCCAAGAUUCAUCUAUAUGCUAUACAUGUUACCCAAUGAACCACAUGUAAUGCUAAAUGUGUGGAAUACAUACAUGAAAAUGUAAUGCUAAAUGUAAUGGAAAAUGUGUAAAAAAUGUGCUUGAUUUUAAUCUCAUUUAUACACAAAAUUUGUGCACUUUUUUUGUGCAUACAUUUCGAAUUGUUUUCAUGGAAUUGUGUAAGGAAUUAUAUCAAAUUAUAUGCAUAUAUUGUGCAUUUCCAUCGAAAAAUAAAUAAAUUAAAAACA